AAUCGAUCGCAAGACGCGCACAGUCGAGCUCAUCAUCGAACACGUCCACCACAGCUUAAUGUCGGACAGAGCAAAGCGCGCAGAUAGGCUUGCUGCUCUCGCAGAACUAAAACGAACUCGUGAAGGAGGCGCGCGCAAGUGGAAGGCUCAAGAGGAUGUGGUUAUCUAUGACGAGGUCACUGAGGAUCAAUAUAAGAGCAUCGUGCGAGGAAGGUUGCAAAAGGAUGACUUUGUCGUGGACGACGGCGUGAGUGGUUACAUGGACAAUGGGAUGGACGACUGGACGGGCGCUGGGCAAGACCAAGAAGAAGACGAAGAUGGCGACGAGUACGAGGCAAAGAAGAAGAAGGCGAAGAAGGGCAAGGAUGUUGCAUCCAAGCCUAAAGCGAAGCCGAAAGCACCACCACCCACUGCCAAGCCCUCUAUCAGCGUGUACCGCCCGGCCGUCUCAGCAGAGCAGGAAGAAGAUUUUAUGGCCAAUCUCCUUGGAGGCUUGGAUGCCGUCCCAGCCCCAGCUGCAAGGAGGCCAAAGAAACGCAAGCCCUCCCCGUUAUCAGAUCAUGAAGAAGUAAACUAUUCCUCUGAUGGUCUCAUGGACGAUGCUGCUUUAAACCUGUCAUCAAGCGAUUUCGAAGACAACUUUUCAACUAUGAUGAGCCCUAAGAAGAAGCCACGCACAACUAGUGGUGCUGGAAUCACUCCCGCGAUCGAGCGAAUGUGCAAGUUGGGUGUUCAUAGUGGAUCGGAAGAUGGUUUUGACAACUCAAUGGACUUUGAGGAUAUGGACAUGGAUGCCUUUAUGGAUGUUGAUGACGAAGAUCUUGAUAUCAAACCUGCCAAGGGGAACAAAUCUAUUCUCGAUGGCCUAGAAACUAAGCUCAAGGUCAACGUUCCCUCUGCACCUACUAAAGCAGAGCCGCCUUCAGCUCCAACUUGGCUAUCUGUAUACGACUCCCUUGCUGUCACUUCUGAUGAAACCUUAGGUUCUGGUUCUUCCUCCUCAACUUCUAAAUCAUCUUUCGACGCUCUUGAACCCGACGGCACCCUCCGCUUUUUCUGGCUAGACUACCUUGAGCAUAACGGCAAGCUCUUUCUCACUGGUAAAAUCAAGGACAAAACCUCCUCGACUUGGGUAUCUGCUUGCCUCGCCAUCGAGGGGCUUCAGCGUAAUUUGUUCCUGCUCCCGCGUCCGCUACGCAUUGAGCAAGAGGAGACCGAAGAAGGCGAGUUUGUGAUGCAAGAAACUGACGUCGUGCCGAGCAAAUCGGAUGUGUACGAAGAUUUUGAGCGGGUACGGAAGAAGCUUGGUAUCAAGGGAUGGAAGGGGAGAUGGGUUCGGAGAAAUCAUGCAUUUGAUGAGAAGGACGUACCGAAAGAGGGCGAAUGGAUGAAAGUCUUGUACUCUUUCGAAGAGCCCCAAGUCCCUAUGAGCGCCUGUUCGCCUAAUAUUGCUCGGAUAUUUGGGACCAAUACUAGUGCGUUUGAGCUUUUCGUGCUCAAGCGCAAGAUCAUGGGGCCGUGCUGGCUUACCAUAACUAAUGCGGUUGUCGAGAACAAGGGUAUCUCGUGGUGCAAGUUCGAAGCCACUGUCUCAGACCCAAAGAACGUGACACCCAUGGGAGACAGCGCUCCAGAGCCUCCCCCUCUAACAAUAAUGAGUCUCGCAGUACGCACCGUUGUCAACCAUCGCGAAAACAAGCGGGAAGUUGUGUGUGCCACGGGCCGCAUAUGGCGAGAUGUUCAACUUGAUGAUCCUACACCCCCUGAGCAGCUUCCGUGCUCUGUGCACACGCUCGUCCGUCCUCUCGACCGCUUCCCUGCGAAUUUUGAAGCCAAGGCGCGAGCAAACGGAAAGGGCAUGAUCUCACCAAUGAAGAACGAGCGGAUGCUCCUCAACAGCUUGCUUGUCACGCUGCACAAAGCAGACCCCGACGUCAUUGUUGGUCACGACUUUCUCGGUGUCUCCCUUGAUGUCCUCCUCGGCAGAAUGAAGGACCUCAAGGCGGAGCACUGGUCACGCCUCGGGCGGUUCAGGCGCUCGAAAUGGCCACUUAUAGGACGUCAGGGCACAAACAUGCGCUUUUUAACUGGGCGCUUGCUUUGUGAUCUCGCCAGCGAUGGUGCACGGAGCAUGAUCGCCUCCACUACGUGGUCCCUCACCGAGAUGUGUAAAACUCAUCUCAAGUCGGACAGGCAGGAUAUCGAUCCAGAUGACACAGCAGCGUACUUUGAUGGUACCGUAUCAUCCCCAGAUAUGCUCAUGACGUUUGUGCGGCAUUGUGAGCUUGACGCUCAUUACCAAAUGGCUAUCGCCUCGAAGGUGCAGGUUCUGCCUCUGACAAGACAGCUCACAAACCUUGCUGGCAACGCAUGGAACAAGACGCUGAAUGGUGGUCGGGCUGAACGGAACGAGUACAUUCUUCUGCACGAGUUCCACCGCCUGAAGUACAUCUGUCCUGACAAGACAUACGGCAAGAAAGCGCCGAAAGCAGAGCCCGAAGCAGAUGAUGCAGAUGGCGAACGGGGCGGUGGCGGCAAGUCGAGCAAAGGCAAACGGGACAAGUUCAAGGGUGGUCUCGUGUUUGAGCCGAAGCGUGGACUUUGGGACAAGUAUAUCCUCGUUAUGGACUUCAACUCGCUGUAUCCGAGUAUCAUCCAGGAGUAUAACAUUGACUUCACUACCGUCGAGCGCUCGCAGGAGGAUGACGACGAUGAUAAGAUACCAGAUCCACCGCCACCUGAGGUGCCUCAGGGCGUCCUUCCACGACUUAUUGCAACACUGGUCAGCCGGCGGCGUCAGGUGAAGUCACUUAUGAAGGAUCGUUCUAUAUCGCACGCAAAACUACUGCAGUAUGACAUCAAACAACAAGCAUUGAAACUGACUGCAAACAGUAUGUACGGCUGUCUUGGUUUCGAGUACUCGCGAUUCUACGCCAAGCCUCUCGCUGCCCUAACCACUUUCAAGGGUCGUGAGAUCCUGACGCACACCAGGGAGCUUGCCGAGAGUUUACAACUAGACGUUGUCUAUGGCGACACUGAUUCGGUGUUCGUCAACUCCAACGUGACAGAACUUUCCGAGGCGCUAAAAAUCUCUGCUGAGUUCAAGAAGGCUGUCAACGAUCGAUAUAAGCUUCUCGAGAUAGACCUCGACGGCGUUUUUGCACGUCUCUUACUCUUGCAGAAAAAGAAAUAUGCAGCCUUGAAGGUGGAGGAGGGAUCGCGGACAUCCACGGAAGUUAAAGGUCUAGAUAUGAAGCGUCGAGAAUACUGCGCUUUAUCGAAGACUGUGUCUCAAUACGUUUUGGAGCAAAUUUUGUCUGGCGAACCAACGGAGGUUGUAGUGGAGAACAUUCACGAGUAUCUUAAUACCAUCGGCGAAAAUGUUCGCAGCGGAAAGAUCAAAUUGGAGGACUUCAUUGUAUACAAGCGCCUAGGCAAGAACCCAGAAGACUACCCCGAUGCUAAAUCUCAGCCUCAUGUGCAAGUCGCUUUGAGAUUAAAAGCAAAGGGAGGAAGCGCCCGCAAUGGUGACGUUAUACCCUAUGUGUUCUGCGUCGCUCCCGGUGAAGAGACCGUGAAGACCGCACAAGCAGAUCGCGCCAAGCAUCCAGACGAGAUCAAGAAGGCCGCAGGGGAACUCACCGUGGAUUACGAGCACUACCUUGCGAACCAGGUCCUGCCACCCAUUGAGCGACUGUGUGAGCCUAUUGAAGGGACGGACAGGGCACGGUUGGCUGAGUGUCUUGGACUGGACCCGGGACGUUAUCGCAUUAGUGGAAGCACGCCGGCCGGAUCAGCGCUCAUAACACUAGACUCCCUCGUCUCUGAUGCAGAGCGGUUCCGUGACGUAGCUCCGUUCCUUGUACGCUGUCGCGGGUGCGCGGGGCAGAUGGCGUUCCCUCCGGUUUAUGAUCGAGAUGCGUCCAUUCUGUUGUCAUCAGGGCCGACCUGCCCCGCGUGCAGCGCGCCGCUGGGUUCGGCGAGCCUGCAGACGCAGCUUGAGGUGCAGAUUCGGUCGUUUGUGGCCCGGUACUACGAGGGAUGGGUUGUCUGCGAGGAUCCAGCAUGCGGGUAUGAGACGCGGUCGAUGCGGAUGUACGGCUGGCGGUGCGGAGCGCCGGGGGGCUGUAAAGGUAGAGUGCAGUUCAAGUAUGGAGACACCGAGUUGUAUACACAACUCCGGUAUUUUUCGACACUGUUUGACAUUGAGAAAAUCAUCAAGGCUGCACAGGGCAGCGCGAGAAAGGAGGAAAUUGUGGCUACUGCAACAAACAACGACCCAUUCCUCAGGGCGAUGUCGAAGACGGUGGACAAAUAUAUGGAACAAUGUGGACGAUGCUGGGUUAAUCUUGGAGCAUUGUUUUCUAGCAUGAACCUCUAAGUUCAGGUUUAAGCAAUCGUAGAUAUGAUAUUCAUAUUGAUAGAGUGGCUUAGGUUUUUACCUUCUGUGUAUCAACAUAAGAACUUUCUAUGGCGACCUCUUUACUUGGGA